AUGUCAGGAUCGAACCAUUCACACACCUCAUAUUCAUAUGAUCCCUUAAAUACGACCGAACAAUCCCAAGCGUACUAUGGUUACGAUUACUCGUACCCUUCUACCAAUCAAUAUUCAAAUAGCGCCAAUGCUGCCACGUAUGAAGGCUAUGACUACUCUACAUAUAGCGCCAAUAGUUAUUAUUAUCCCACAACGUCCACGAACUCCGUGUCAACAGCAUCAACUGCAACCGUAGUUGAAGCUCCGCCGUCCAUAAUAAGCCCUUCUGUUUCUAUAUCUGCCGCUGCUACAAGUUCUAAUAAAACUGGAAGUACACAUCAACAAGAAAGAGGAAUUACAUCUAUUUCUCAUGGACCAUUGAAAGAUGAGAUGUUGGGAGUAUCCACUGAAAUGCUAAUUGGAAAUCUCAAUAAACAACAGAAUUCUAAAAAGAAACAAAAGACAAUUAUUAGGGCUGCUGGAGGAGAAGUUUGGGAGGAUCCGACAUUGUUGGAAUGGGAUUUGAAUGAUUUUCGUUUAUUUUGCGGUGACCUUGGAAAUGAAGUUACUGAUGAAGUUCUGUAUAAAGCAUUCAGUCGAUACUCAUCAAUACAAAAAGCAAAAGUCGUGCGCGAUAAACGUACAGGUAAAAGUAAAGGGUAUGGGUUUGUCAGCUUCAAAGAUGCAGAUGAAUUCGUCAAAGCGUGGAAAGAAAUGAAUGGAAAAUAUGUUGGAAAUAGACCAAUAAAAUUGAGAAAAAGCACUUGGAAAGAAAGAAAUAUGGAUGUCAAAUCUAAGAAGCAUCAUCCAUAUAAAUAG